AUGACAACAAGAGCACUGGUGAUAGGCGGCACAAGCGGCAUUGGCUAUGCCAUGGCAUGCCGCGUUGCAGCCUCCUCGCCAUCCUCGUCCGUCGUCAUAAGCGGCCGCACCCAGCCUGACAACAUGCCCCACGCCAACAUGGAGUUCCGGCCCAUCGAAGCAACGUCGAUGCGCGAGAUCAAGGGCUUCACCGACAAUUUCAAGCAGCAGCAGGUGCCUGCCGAAGAAAAGAACAAGCUAGACCUCCUCAUCAUGACACAGGGCGUCAUGACCAUGGCCGGCAGGACCGAGACGCCCGAGGGCAUUGACCGCAAGAUGGCGCUGCACUACUACGGCAAGCAGCUCCUGAUCCGCGAGCUGAUGCCCGCGCUCAAGGAGGACGCCAGGGUCGUUAUCGUCUACGACAGCUGGACGGGGAACAUGGACAAGGUCCGCUGGGACGACCUGGAUCUCAAGACGCACUUCAGCCUCGGCGCGGCCGCCAACCACUGUCAGGUGAUGAACGACGUCAUGGUCCAGUGGUAUGCCGCCCGGCAGCAGCAGCAGAAGCAGGCUGAGGCCGCCACCGGACGACAUUUCGUACACGCGUGGCCCGGCGGCGUCAACACGGAGGGUCUCAUGAGGGAGAUGCCGUGGGUUUUGGGGGCUACUGCCAAGUUGCUUGCUCCGCUCAUUACCGUCACGCCUGCGAAAUGCGCAGAGUACCUGAUGGAUGGCGUCGACAAAGUCACGGCACCGCCGACGGUGAACAAGGAAGACGAGCGUUUUUGGCAUUAUAUUGAUAACAAGGGGAGGGUGCUCCCGAAUAAGCCAGUUUGUACAGAGGAGCAGAUGGGGAAGAUUGCAGACCACACGUGGAAGCUUAUUGAUGCCGCCUUGGAGGCUUGA